AUUCUUGUAAAAACAUCUGAAGAGAGGUGUAUUUGGCUAGUCUGGCAUAUACAUUGUUUAGUCUAAUCAUGCACAUUCACAUUCCACAUGUCUUACAUGCAUGAUCAUGAUGAUGGCUUUGGAAUUUACAGUCAGUUGUCAGAUGUAACAGUUCUUUUUGUAUUGAUGAAAGUUUUUUUUUGUCAAUCAAAGGGUGGCAGAUGCAGCAACAAUGCACAACACCCUCCCAUCUGUUGAGAUACAGCGAGAGCGCCUCCUUCUCAAAACCUACAAGACCUGUCUACGAACACCAAUGGAGAACCCCGGACCGGGAAAGGUGGACCAGACAUCCGUCGACAUUUUACAGAACUUUCACCCCGCAAUGCUAUGGGACUACCGCCCUGUUGAGGUGCUCGGUGACGGGAACUGCCUGUACCGAGCACUCUCGCAGGCCAUGUAUGGCACACAACACCACCAUCUCAUCCGUCUACUGACAGCCCUGGAAAUUGCUGAGUUCCCCGCCCACUAUAACAUUGAACACCCAAACCAUGUGGACCACAUCAAAGACUCUCGCCUUGUUCUCGCUAAGUACAAUGACCUGCUGCUUGAAGCAGCAACAUCUGGAAGCUACUCCUGCAUGCAGCACAUAUUUGCUGCAAGCAGUGCUGUGGGGUUGUGCUUCGAAAGCUACUGCCCUCCGAUGGUACCAUCAGAGUAUCUGUCGCUGCCAUACACAGGCGAGUGGUUGGACGAGGGAUCAGAACAUCAAAGGGAGUGGCCUUCACAGUGAUGUGGACAUCAACAAGACUGCCUGAGAGCACAAGAGAUUUCAGCCCAAACCACUUUGUCCCGCUGAAGAAGAUGCGCCGUUCU